AUGGGAUCAGAGUUGCCACUCCAGGCCGACUACAUUGUCGUCCGAGUACUCAUCAUCUGCCUACAACUGGUGGCCCCUCUAAGCGUAGCAUAUAUGCUGUUAAGCUACUAUGCUGGUUACUGGAUUUUCUCCAAGUGGCUUGGGUGGUAUGCGUUGGCGGAGAUUGCUUUCUAUGUUUUCGUAUAUCUUCCUCGACAAAGGCUGCUACAGAAGCCCGCUAUUUUGCCACCAACUCCGUCAAGCGAACAACGGCGAGCCCUUUUCAACAAAUGCCUGCCGGACCUCUGUUCGGCAAACGGGCCCAAGGGAUGGCUCUAUGUUCUGCACAAGCCAGGAGUAUACAUAUCACGGGAAAAUCUAGUGGACGUUCUCCUCCUUCAUGUUUUCAACGCAAGGCGCGAGGAUCUGCGUCCAGAGUGGAAGGACGAACUUGAAGAGUAUAUCUCGCGAGUUGAAACUACCACUGGCCAUAAAUUUGAAGACAAGCCAGGCGCAAGUGGCAAGGGCAUGAUGCUCACGCUCGACCCAGUGCCUAUGGUUCACAGGCCCCUGAUUUGGUACCUUAACGUCGCACUUCUUGACACCUGCGUGUCCGCUGUGUUGCUAUGGAAAGGAUUCGAGCACUAUGAGGUACAUCGCCUUAUACCGUGCUUCCCACCCCGAGCAUCGGUCCUAUUCUCGAAGCCGUCGCCUCAUCCAGAGCUUGGGUACUGGUAUCGUCCUCACCGUAGCAGGUCUAAGCUGCCAGUACUGUUCCUUCACGGCGUCGGGAUGGGGCUCAUGCCAUAUGUGCCUUUCAUGCUCGACAUUGUUGCCGCAGACCCGGAUAUUGGUAUCCUGGCUAUAGAAUACCUCUCAUUCAGCACACGGAUUUCCAAGCCCAUUCUCGAGCGACAAGCUAUGAUGGAUGCAAUCCGACAGAUCCUCGACCAUCACGGCCUAUCGGAGGUCGUUAUAGCCGCGCAUUCUUACGGCACCUUUGUCACCACCUACAUGCUCCGAGACCCCGCACUGUCCCAGCGGAUUGCAGCCAUGGUUCUCGCCGACCCUGUUGCACUACUGGCUUUCAGGCCCGACCUCUCGUACAAUUUCGCAUAUCGUCCGCCGCGGCGCGCAACGGAAUGGCUGCUCUGGUACUUUGUUUGCCGCGAUCCCGACAUUUCGCGGGUGGUCUCGCGGAAUAUGUUCUUGAUGGAUAACAGUCUCUGGAAGGAUGAGCUUGACGGCAGGAAGGUCACUGUCGCAAUUGGAGGACAGGAUCUGCUGCUAGAUGCGAAAAAGGCGAGAGAAUAUUUGACAGGCGAAAAGGGGGAAGAUUUCCGAUGGCAGAGGGAUGGGGCAGAGGUCAUAUACCGCACCGACAUUGGCCAUGAGGAGGUUUUGUUCACAGAGGGACGAAGACGACCUAUGGUCGAGGCUUUGACGAAGUAUGUGCGCAUGCGGGAACGGGAGAACGCAGGGAAAUAG